CCGCCCCCAAGCGGCCAUCUUGAAAGCAGAGGCGGCGGCGGCGGCGGCGGCGGUCGGCGUGGGCUCGGUCCCGGCGCGGUGCAGCUCUGCGGCGCGGGCCCCACUCUCUCGCUCCCUGCUCUGGCCUCGAGCACGGCGAGCCUGAGCGCGGCGGCGGCCCACGCGCGGCGACGGGGAGAGAUGAGCAGCAACGGCGCUAAGAGAGCACCCACGACGGCGACCCAGCGCCUGAAGCAGGACUACCUCCGGAUUAAGAAAGACCCCGUGCCUUACAUCUGUGCCGAGCCCCUCCCUUCCAACAUCCUUGAGUGGCACUAUGUGGUCCGAGGCCCUGAGAUGACUCCCUACGAAGGUGGCUAUUAUCAUGGAAAACUCAUUUUUCCCAGAGAAUUUCCUUUUAAACCUCCUAGUAUUUAUAUGAUAACUCCCAAUGGAAGAUUUAAGUGCAACACAAGGCUGUGUCUUUCCAUCACGGAUUUCCACCCGGACACGUGGAACCCGGCCUGGUCCGUCUCCACCAUUCUGACGGGGCUCCUGAGCUUCAUGGUGGAGAAGGGCCCCACCCUGGGCAGCAUUGAGACUUCGGACUUCACAAAAAGACAACUGGCUGCACAAAGUUUAGUGUUUAAUUUAAAAGACAAAGUGUUUUGUGAAUUGUUUCCUGAAGUCGUGGAGGAAAUUAAGCAAAAACAGAGAGCACAAGACGAACUCAGUAGCAGACCCCAGGCUCUCCCCUUACCAGAUGUGGUUCCAGACGGGGAGACACACCACGGCCAGAACGGGCUUCCGCUCCUCAACGGGCACGCGCCGGGGGCUGGGCCGCACCUCGCGGGGCUCCAGCAGGCCAACCGGCACCACGGACUCCUGGGCGGUGCCCUGGCGAACUUGUUUGUUAUAGUUGGGUUUGCGGCCUUCGCCUACACGGUCAAGUACGUGCUGAGAAGCAUAGCGCAGGAGUGAGCCGCCGCCACGGCCAGCAGAGGUGGUCGGAAACGAGGGGCGCUGGGCCCGAGCUCGACGUGGGCUGUCUGGACGUGCCGCCGAGCACUGGGCGGGCCUGCCUGACUCCUGGGGUUAUAGCUUUUUAAAGACCUUCAAAAGGAGAACAAAAACCAAAGUGUGUAGCUGGAUUUGGAGACGUGGGGCUCCCAGCCCCCAUGCUGCCCUGGCGUCCGUCGGGGGCUGCGAGGGUCCAUGUCCACAAGAGGGCCUCACGCUUUGGUUUUAUAGCUUAUCUCCUGGAUUGUCUUUUGGACCUAUUUUAGUAACCUGUUUUUCAUUUUAUUAGAUUUGGUCACUCAAAAAUAUAAAACUCGAUGCCUAUCCAA